AUGACUAGAGACGAUUUGCUCGGCCAAGGGCUUGAGAUUAAAGAACGCCCAUCUCGUGCUGUAGUCAAUGAAUGCAACGGCCGAAUCUUGGUGGCAUACGGCGAUUCGGUUGUUUGGUCGUUUGAUGCCGAUGAGUGCCAGGCGUGGUUUGCAUUCCUAUCCAAGUUCCAAGCAUUCUGGCCUAAAGUUCCAGAGUUCUGGUACAAGGAUCAAGCCGUCACAGCAAACGCAUGGCCCAGAAUACUCAAAUUGGCCUCGGCCGUCAGGGCGAUGUCACUUAAGAUCACCAUGAAGCUGGGCUCCAAGCCUGACCCUCCCCCACGAGCCAUUCUGCGGCCAGAUCCUCAAGUUCUCACAAGUACGCAUGGUGGAAAGGGCAAACCAGGGACACAGGAAUUUACUCAUAUGCUGUCCUUGGCGACAUGGGAUGGCAGAGGUCCUCAAAUCCAAGUGACUGGUUUCAAGCUCCUUGAAGCUCAGCUGGAUGCGGCUGAGACUUUCUUAACAUGUGAUACAACCUAUACGGAUCGGAAGGCAUACAAGACCUGCAAAGAAGCUUCGAGAAAGGAGUGCUAUGACUAUCUGGUCGAGUUAUCUGGUCGAAUCGAGGAAGCUGAGAGUGAUUCUUUACGACGUGCGUACGAGGAAAGGGUAGAUAUCUUCAACGCUGUCGAUAUUGUUUAUAGCUUCUUUUUACCCGUGAAUUUCCAAGGCCCCAUGGUCGGAAAGUUCUGGGGCGCGGUCAGAUCUAUAACUGAGUUCUCCAAAGCAUGGCUUUACAUCACUAUGGCCAUAGUCUAUGGCUCUAAAGACGACCCUAAGUGUGAUGAUCGGAUGAGAAGGGCCGAAGAGCUCAUCGCUACGGGCUCUAAAAAGCUGGUUCAAGGAUUCGGUGACAAAAAUUUGCUAGAAAAGGCUAUUGUAUUGCCGCUUGAAGUGCUUUCACUCAUCACAAUGGGCAUCUUGCAAGAUCAGUUGGGCAAAUCUGAUGACAUAUGCGAUACGUACUCUCAGUAUCUUGGCUCUCUAGAUCAUGCAAUCACGUCGAACCCCUCCGACAGGUCCUUCCAACAUCAGCUCGAUCUAGUACAACAAGAGCUCGUGGCCGUCAAGCGAACACUCUGGAAGCAAAACUCGCUUAUCUAUCGACUACGAAAGUCUCUCACCGCUAUUGAUACAGAAGGCAUUGUCAUGAGUCAGAUUGAGCAUGAGAUCGUCUUAAAAGAGGCAGAGAAGCAGUACAACGACAAGCGGUACUACUCAGAAAACUUGCCGCCGCCUCACUCACAACGUCAGGGUGAGGACUAUAAUCGAAUUGUCCCUGUUUCUUAUGCUCAGGAGGUUGCAACUGUGAACGACUAUAUGGAACUGGAUGAUGACUUCCUGUUCGAUAUGGCUUCAUCUUCAAAACUGUCUCCUACAGAUGCGGGAGGUUUACGUGGUCUCUUCUUCCUUGAAUGCUCACGUCUCAUCGAGCAACGCGAGUUUGAGUUUCGACGUUUCAGCGAUUUUUCUAAAGACCUCGAGCGAGCGAUUACAUAUAAGAUGGACUUCACAAGAGACCGACAGGAGUGGGCCAUCUAUGCCUUCACCCUGGUUACUAUCAUUUUCUUGCCCAUCAGCGCGGUUUCGAGUAUUUUCGGCAUGAACACGACUGAUGUCCGCGAUAUGAACUACUCAGUGUGGCUGUAUUGGGUGGUUGCUAUACCAGUGACGGUUCUCGUCAUUGUCCUAGGACUCUGGUUCAUGGGAGAGUUAGGAAACCUGGCUCGAUGGUUAUUUGGGCGACCAGGAAAGGGUAUCUACGGCGAGCCGGCAGUCAUAUCACAAACAGUCGAACCGGCAUAUUGGGCGGUUCCCCCAACCACUCAGCUGGGCGCCCAACCGGCAGAGUAUUCAUCGCCACCAUAUGAGCCGAGGCGUAGAAGGGUUCAGACUCAAGCAAAUUACCCUGCACGCCAGAGUCGCAUCUAUCGAUCACGAUAA